AAAGAGGGAGAAGAAGGAGGGAGAAAGAGACAGAGAUUCACAGUUGGGGAAGGAAAAAAAAAAUGUGUAUCUCCCAUAAUCUAUCCCGUGUGAGGUGUGAAGAGGGGACAUAGCGCGGCUCCCCCCGUCCAGGAUAAUUGCACGGCUCUUCCUCCAUAGACCAGCCAAGGGGAGAGACCCGUCUACUGUUCUUCAGAAGGGGGAAACUUGUGGCCGAAGGAAGAAGACAAGGCGGAAGAGACCGACCGACCGCCUCCUGUCAGGGAAAGGGGCGCUGGAGAGGAGGGAGGGGAGCGAACGACUCCCGGACCCUGGGAAAAUACGAGAGGGGCUAAAAGUUUUCCUGAAGUUCCCCCGUGUGCCGCGGUGAGCGGGGCGGGAGGCUGCCGGAGCCCGGGUCCACCAGGAGGGGACACCCUGAGGAGAGCCAGGAUGAUGAGCUCCGGAGGAGCGGGCGGCGGCGGGGAGGUGGUGUGCUCCGGCUGGCUCCGGAAAUCGCCUCCCGAGAAAAAGUUAAAGCGCUUCCCCAAUUUUUUUCCUAUGUAAUUACUGUAUAUGCCAUAUGGAAAAACAACAGAAACAAAUAAUGGAACAAAGGAUCCAUGAAAAACGGACCGCAAAAUGCUGAAAAAGCCAUACGGUUGUGUGAAAGAGGCCUUAUUCUGGAGAAAACUACUUUUAUUCCACAUGGGAGCUGUGGUCCCAUCAUGGCAGGCAUGGAAGCGGAGGUGGUUUGUCCUUCGCAGUGGACGUUUGACAGGCGAUCCCGAUGUGCUAGAAUACUACAAGAAUGACCAUGCUAAGAAGCCUAUUCGUAUUAUUGACUUGAACCUUUGUGAGCAAGUUGAUGCUGGACUGGUUUUCCCCAAAAAAGAAUUUGAACAUAGUUAUAUUUUUGAUAUCAAAACAAUCGACCGAAUAUUUUAUUUAGUGGCCGAAAGUGAAGAGGAAAUGAAUCGGUGGGUUCGAAGCAUAUGUGAUAUCUGUGGAUUUAAUCCCACUGAAGAAGAUGUGAAACCUCCCAAUGUUCCUGCGCAAGCCCCCAUCGAGAUUCCUAUGACUGCAGGUUUAGAAGUCAACACUCACUCACACCAUGGUCAACUCCCCCAGCCCUACCAACUUCUCAACGUACCACCCUUAGAAUCUGCGAACAGCCACGAGGACCCUCCAGACUAUUUACUGCUAAUCAACUGCCAAAGCAAGAAACCAGAGCCAUCAAGACGUGGGUCGUCAUCUCUUGCAUCAGAGGAGGAUUAUCUACUUCUUGAAGAUUUUGAAAGCAAAAAGAUGUCACGGCAAUGUCACCCAGAAUCUGCAAAAUCGGUACCAUCUGAAACAGACUGCAAUGACAACGUUGCUACUCAUAAGAGCUCUUCAGCACACAAGCACACCUUGAAUGGAUAUUUCCAGCAAUCUAGUGUAUAUGACUCUCCAUCCCGUGCUGGAUCCUGCUCCGACUCUAGUAGUUUGUAUAACCUGCCAAGAAGCUAUUCCCAAGAUGUAUUACCAAAAGCAGUGUCUCCUUCUGGUACAGAUGUGGAUGGGGAUCAGAGUGUUUUUAAUAUGUCCGGAGCAUCCCUCUUGGAAUCCCAGCUAAGGCAUAUGUCCGUAAGCUAUGAUAUUCCUCCCAGCUCAGGAAGCACUUAUCAGAUACCCCGGACUGUACAUGAAAACUCUUUAGGGCAGUCUACAUCAAAGUUAGAGACUAUUGCAGACGUCCCUCCACCAAGACCACCAAAGCCUUAUUAUUCUUCUGAACGCUCCCCAGCAGAGCACAGUUUAACCCGCACUGCCUCAGAGACUGACAGCAACUACUGUGUCCCUACAGGAGGAAUGGGCACAUCUCGUAGUAAUACGGUUUCUAGUUUAGAAUUACAUAAAUAUAGGAAAGAUAUGAGCUCUCAGGAGUUGUAUGAUGUUCCACGUCCUUUCCCCAGCGAUAGAUCCAACUCACUUGAGGGCUUUCAUUUUAAAAGCAGAAGCAUCUUGACGAUGGGAAGUUACUCCACAGAGGAAUUAGAUGAAAACUAUGUUCCUAUGAACCCCAAUUCUCCUCCUCGGCAGCAUUCCAACAGCUGCACAGAACCUAUCCAAGAAACCAACUAUGUCCCCAUGACGCCAGGCACGUUUGAUUUCUCCGCAUUUGGGAUGCAAGUUCCACCUCCAGCUCACAUGGGGUUUAGAUCCAGUCCGCAGACCCCACCGAGGAGGUCUGUACCCUCCACGGACUGUGAGCCUCCACCUGUGGAUAGAAAUCUGAAACCUCACAGAAAAGGUCAAAGCCCUAAAAUUUUAAGACCUAAACCUCACGGUUUAGAGCGAACUGAUUCACAAACCAUAGGUGAAUUUCCCCGAAGAACCAAGGUAAAGCCAGCGCCGCUAGAAAUCAAGCCUCUCCCUGAGUGGGUAGAGUUACCUGUGCGCUCUCCAGUAACCAGAAGCUUUACACGAGAUUCUUCCAGGUUCCCUAUGCCUCCCAGACCAGACUCUGUUCAUAGCACAGCUUCAAGCAGUGACUCACAGGACAGUGAAGAAAACUACGUACCGAUGAACCCAAAUCUAUCCACAGACGUACCAUGCCUAUUUGAGAGCAACAGUCUUGAUGAAGGCAACAGCCCCAUGGUGAAACCAAAGGGUGACAAACAAGUGGAAUAUCUAGACUUGGAUCUCGACUCUGGCAAGUCAACCCCUCCAAGAAAAAAAAAGAGCACUGGGUCUGGGAGCAGCGCGGCAGAAGAGAAGGUGGAUUAUGUGGUUGUUGACAAGGAAAAAACCCUGGCACUGACAAAUACCAGGAAAGCAUGGACUGAUGAAAGACAGUCUACCGAAUCCGAAACCCCAACUAAGAGCGUCAAGUGAAUGUUUCUAGAGCCGAGAAUCGUAUUUCAUCCUGACACGCUAGCCAAGUUUUAUAUGGUGCAACAUUAUGUCAUCUGAAGUCAAUGGAACUUUUUAGAAACCUUUCAGAUGACUCUGUAAGACAAAGACUGAAUUGUGCACUGUGCAGUCUGUAUGUAAAUACACAAUGAUGGAGCAAGGACCAUGCGUUUGACACAUUUAGCCAUGUUUUGUAGUAUUACUAUGUUUUAUGCACUUUGUGUGUUUGAAACAAUGGUUCUUGUGGCUAACCCUUGUUUUGCCAUUAACACUGCUAAUGUCUCUAUUGCUUCUAUUUCAUAUACUAAUAUAACUAAAAGCUAUAUGAAACCUGAAACCGGGUGACAGGCAGACCCCCCCCCCCCCUUCCCCCCCAAUGCAUUGCAGUGCAUAGUAAAUGCAUAAUACAGGCCUUCUAUCAUCUUCCGUUUUUAUGCUUGUUUUAUGUUGACAUGAACAUUUGCUUGUCAAUUUUUUUUUAAUGUGUUUUGUUUUGUAUUGUAUAGUUCCAGAUUUCAGAUGAUGAUAUUGUCCAUACCUGCAGAAUCAUGUGCCCCCCCCCCAAAAAAAAAAAACCCUGUUUUUAUUAGCUAUCAUGAAUGUAAAAAAAUAUGUUUUAUCCAAUGUCAUUUUAUUUUGCCACCUCACAGUAAAUGAUGAGCUAUUGCUCUGUGUAGAAGCCAUAUAUUUAGUGGUAGACAGGAUGAGAUCAUCAUGGGAGGGCAGAAAAACCUUUAACGUAAUCAUGUUUUUUUUGUUUUGUGUUUCUUCUUUUUAAAGGAGUUGUUCACAUUUGCACAGCACACAUCUCUUCAUACAAGUCAUAGCCAAUAUUGAUGAACUGGCACUGACAGCCUACAAUUAAAGGAACGUUACAACCAGUAACAUCCAUGGACCGCUCACGCUGUGUAACCCCCCCCCCCCCCCCCCACAGAGCUGUAUGGAGCAGCAGCCUGCAUGCCUCACCACCAGACCCCACCUAUUCCUGUGAAUAGUUAUCAGUGUUACAGUCAAUAACACCUUUUCAAGUAUCAUUGGUGUUAUGUAUGAAAGUAGUGAUUGGGAGGGAAGCUGCAUUAUUUGGUGGUGGCGAAUGUUUUUGGCUACCAUUUUGAAAUCUGCCAUAUUGAAUUCAGCUCAGGUUUGAUAUAUCAGGUUUGAUAUAUCAGUCUUGGCUAGCAUUUAGUCCGAAACACACUGGAAGUUUCCGUUUUGACACGUCUUUAUCUGUUUGAGUUGUGAGGUGAACGUUGCCUAAAGUGUUUGUGUGUCCACCAUUCUGUCGGAUGCACAUGGUUAAAGGUCUAAUCUAGUUUUCUUAAACGCGAUAAAGAACCGCAGGAGCUACUUCACAGCACUGUAGGAUUUGCCAUUUCAUGUGAACCAUAUUGCACGAUUCCACCACCAAAUAAUCCAGCCUUUGCCCCCCAAUUAAUACUUUCUACAAAUGACACCAGUUAAAAGGGUGUCCAGAUUUUAGCCUCACCCUGUGUAUGUAUAUAUUUAUUCAGUCUCUUCAGAAUCUCUUGACUAUUCUGAUGCCAUUUUCUGUUCCGAUAUUAGUAUUUGGGGGCCUAUGUAUACUUGUAAUCUGUAUCUAUAAUAUGUAAAGCAGCUCUGAUUACAUUAUGGUAGUCUGUCAGUUAUGCGGAGCGUUUCUUCCAGUACAGUAAUGUAUUUUAAUUUACAUAGUCUAUGUCCGUUUGGUGGAGAUUCUGCAGGGUAGGAUCUUACACUGAGAAAUGGCAAAAUAAUUGACAUGAUAUGGGCUGUGCUCAUCACAUUUGGUGUCUGCAGUCAAGUUAUUUUUAAGUAGCAUUUUUUUAUGUGGAAUACAGAAGGCGGACUUUUAAUCAGGUACUUAGACGGCACAGCGGUGCUAAUGCAGUGAUCAGGUUGCUAGAGUGAAAUUGAAGCUUGUAAGAUAGUUCUGAUACUGUAAUGUUCUCUGGAGACAGCUGCCAUUAACUUUUCUAGCGCAAGUACUAUACUGUGAUUUGUGUUCAUAAGCCAAGUGUACAAUGUUUUAACACCACUGUGCCCUUUGCAUUGGCGGUUUUAAAUUAACACCUGCUUUGCCUUAUAUUUAAAUUUUCUAUGCAACUUGUUUUAUAUAAGCCCACUUAUUUACCGGUUUUUAACGUAUUAUUGAAUAAUUCCUAUCAUUUGCUGUGACCUCUUACCAGUUGAUGGCCUGGCACGCUUAAAAUAAAAGCAGUGUAAGGGCUUCAUGAAUGUCCUUUUAGAGUGUGGUGAUAAAUACCAUUUUCAAAUAAACCUGAUCUUUUAAAGGGACACUAUCACAAAGAAAUUAACAUCCGUGCGGCUUCCGCAGACUGAUACAGACCCAUUCAACUUGAAUGGGUCCAUGCUCCAUCCGCACCGCAAACAAAAUAGAACAUGCUCUAUUAAUUUGCAGUUUGGAGGCACGGAGAGAGCCCACGAAAGCACCCCGUAAUGCUUACGUGGGGUUCCGCACCGGACCUUCCGGAUAGCAGACCCAUUCAAGUGAAUGGGUCUGCAUCCGUGAUGCAGGGUGCACACAUAUUGCGGGCCGCAAUACGAGCAUGGCCGGGCAAUGGUCGUGUGCAUGAGCCCUAAAUGUAAGAUGGCUAGGAAGCUGUCUUGCAUUUAGAAGCGGUGGUGGCUCCGCCUCCAUUUAUAGGGAAUAUUAAGACUGGUGUCUAAAACGUCAAUCUUCAUAAAUGACCCCCUUACAUGUAUUUCUGAAGACUACCCCCUUUGUUUGCCAAAUCUUUUCUAACCGUUGGUGAUGAGCCGUUAUUUCGGGGUGAAGCCACAUCAGUCUGUAAAUUUUCCCUGCAAUGGAUGGGCAUAGGCCCUAAUAGGGUUUAUAGAGUGAUUGCUUACAGGAUUCAAUAGAGGCUGCAGCCUGGCAAGUGCAUUAACAUCAUCAGCUCCUCUCAUGUGAGCCCACAUCCGCUUUCUUCAUUGUGUUUCUUAUCUGAACUAUCAUUCUGUGCACUAGUGAUAAUGACUGCUGACAAAAGCUGGCCAUACAAAUUGAAUGUGUAUGGCCAAACAAUCCAGUGUCGACCAUCUACGCCAGGCAUCUUCAAACUGUGGCCCUCCAGCUGUUGCAAAACUACAACUCCCAGCUUGCCCGAACAGCCUACAGGUAUCAGCCUACAGCAGGGUAUUGUGGGAGUUGUAGUUUUACAACAGCU